GGAGGAUCCUUUGUGGGAGGUUCCUCAGAGUCGUCUAGUGACUAAAAAGCUUUACCUUGUCGGCGGUGACGUGCUCUACUUUCCUGACAUCCUCCUGGGGGUCUUGUCUCCGUCAAAGCAGGUUAAGCUUUCUCAUCUCCUGUUUGGAAAACCACUCUUCCUAGUUCCUACAAUGGCAGCGAUUGGAAACCGUGGAACAGUGACUGAGGCAUCUGGUUUUGACCCAGAAGCAGAUGUUCAGAAGCUCAGAGAAGCCAUGAAGGGAGUUGGCACUGAUGAAGCAGCUGUUAUCGACGUCCUAGCUCACCGUACCAUUGCCCAGAGGCAGCGCAUUAAAGAGGCCUUCAAACAAGCUGUGGGGAAGGACCUGGCUGGGGAGUUGAACACAGAGCUGAGUGGGAACUUCAGGAGUGUUGUUUUAGGUCUGCUAAUGUUGGCACCUGUGUAUGAUGCCUACGAGCUGAGAAAUGCUAUGAAGGGCGCUGGAACAGAAGAGGCUUGUCUCAUCGAUAUUCUCGCGUCAAGGACAAAUGAUGAAAUAAAAGCCAUCUGCGCCUUCUACAAGAAAGAAUAUGGGAACUUGGAAAAAGACGUGUGUGGAGACACAUCUGGAAUGUUUCAGAGAGUUUUGGUCUCUUUACUCACAGCAGGACGGGAUGAAGGCGAUAAAGUGGACGAAGCGCUGGCUGCUCAAGAUGCCAAGGAAAUCUACGAGGCCGGCGAGGCUCGAUGGGGCACUGACGAGGUUAAAUUCCUCACGGUGCUUUGUGUGAGGAACCGAAACCAUCUGCUGCGAGUGUUUGAGGAGUACAAGAAGAUUUCUGGAAGAGAAAUUGAGGACAGCAUCAAGAGGGAGAUGUCCGGCUGUCUGGAGGACGCCUUCCUGGCCAUAGUGAAGUGCAUGCGGAGCAAGCCAGCGUUCUUUGCAGAGCGACUAUACAAAUCAAUGAAGGGUCUGGGCACCACGGACAGUAUCCUCAUCAGAAUCAUGGUUUCCAGGGCUGAGAUUGACAUGCUGGACAUUAAGGCAGAGUUCCUGAAGAUGUAUGGCAAGACUCUGCACUCCUUCAUCAAGGGAGACACAUCUGGCGACUACCGCAAAAUCCUGCUGGAGCUGUGUGGAGGCGAGUGAGAGUAACGUCAGUGCAGCAUCCAGCUGUCUUUUCACCGCAGAGACCAGAUAAUGAGCAUUUCUUUUGUUGACACCUUCUCUCCAUCUUGUUUCUUUCCUGCAUUUAUGGCCUUUACAUUUCACUAAUUGAUCACCAUGCCUUGUUUUAGUUAGCCGUUUUGUUUAUACCAAUUAAACCAAAGAUUUGUAACCUUUUA